AUGCAAUCUAUAACAAACCUUAAAUCAAUGUUUAUUAUGCUGUUUGUAAUGUCAUUGGCACUCACAGCAAUGUUGAUAUAUAAUUCAGGUGAACGAUCAUCUACAACUACAUCGAAUCAACAUAGUACUACGACGACGAUGACGACGACGACAGCGACGACAGCUGGUUGGGGAUUGAGUAAAGACAAGCCUUUACUAUUUAUAUUCGCGACGACAGAGUGGGGCGAACCUUCACCAAAGGCAGGCAACUUCACAUGUGGACACAACACCACAGUUCUCGAGAUGUCGAACGACAUGUCCCGUUUGAGCGAAUCGAACGGACUCUUUUACUUUGCCUCUGACCUGCCCAAGGACAACAGCAACUGGAAAAUCACCCUUCCCCAUCCCGACACGAUGGUCACGGUGAUGUACGGUCUUGAAACGCCGCCGCACUACUUUGGCUGGUGCUAUCGCGUGCCCGGCUGCAUCGAGUACUUCAACUGGACGAUAGGGUACGCGGCGCCCUACAGCGACAUCACAGAGACCUACUUCAGAUUCGAUGUCUAUGAUGAAUUCUACAACAAUGAGUUGAAGAGCCCGUUUAACUUUGACACGCUGAUGGCGUUGAAGGAGCCGGGCAAGGUGGGCUCAUGGUUCAACAGCUACUGCGUGGAGAUCUCGGACGUUCAUUCGACCGCGGAGAGCGAGCGACUCAAGUUUAUGCGACGCGUGAUGGAGAGGAUGCAUGUGGACAGUUACGGAGAUUGUCUACACAAUAUCGAUCUGCCGCCCGAGGGCAACAGGCAAAACCCUGGUAAUGGCAGAGUCAAGUCGGAGAUCAUAUCGCAUUACAAGUUCUACUUUGCAUUGGAGAACAGUAAUUGUCCUUAUUAUAUCACAGAGAAGGCCGUGCAGAGUCUGCUGCAUGGCGUCGUGCCCGUGUUUAUGGGCCACGAGACCACUCUUCAGUUCAUGCCACCUGGAUCAUAUGUCUAUGUCAACGACUUCAAUACGACCAAGCAGUUGGUCGAUCACCUAAACUAUCUGGACAAGAAUGAUGCAGAGUAUCACAAGUUCUUUAAAUGGCGCGAAGACAUUGAGAUCGUCAAGAAGUGGGGCGAGCUCUUUAAGCACAACGAUGCAAUGUGCGACCUGUACAGGCUAUAUAACAAGUUCAUCCAGAAUUAUGACAGCUAUCCAAGGAAGCAUGCCAUUGUCGAUCCAGGAAGGAAUCAAUGUGAAGACCCCUACUCAUUG